CUCCUUGGUUAAAAAUUCCUGUAGGCAAGAUAGGUGACUCUUGCAGUUUUCAUCUUAAGUUUCGAUGGGAAAAGGAUUAUCAGUUUGUAGCUUGUGAGAUGACAGCCAUCUCUUGGACCAAGUUGCUGCGCCACCAUCAGAUGAUAAUCUUCAUGCUGGUAAUGGCUGAAUAUUUCCUUUUGCUUCCCCCAGAUUUUGAGCUUAUGUACACUCUGACAGCCUAAUUAACUGAUGUAGUUGUAAGUAGAUAAUUUAAGGCAGGCUGAAGCUGAUUUGAGUGUGUGUUCCUGCAUAUGUGUUUGUGAACGGUGCUAUUAGACAUCGUAAGGUCUCCUCUUGCCUAUCUCCAGCCAUAAAGGAAGCUACAUGUUAAUUUGAUCAUUUAGGCUUUCCCCCAUAGUUAGUGGUGAUCUCUCAUUUUCUACUUUUCCCUGAAGAUGAGACAAAUUGCUCUGUGGAUGCGCCACUCUGACUAAACCAGAAGAAUCAGUGAUUAGAGCACAGCACAGAAUUCAUCUUGCUUCUAGGCACCCAUUACAUGCUACAGCAUGUUGUCCUACAAGUGCUGAUGAGCUGGAGUUCAUUUCUUAUUGUAGGAGCUCUCCCAACUCAGCAUCACUCCUUGUGAUCAAGUUAGCUUUAGCAGCACACCUGUCCCUGGGAGGUCGUUGCCAUGUAUAUGCCAAUAAGAACCGUUUUGGGAUUUUUCCACAUAAAAAGGUUCUACAAGCUCUAAAAUAGAGGGGAGUCAAAUGCAUUUCCUUCAUUGCUGAAUGCAUUGAAGUUCUAGAAGAGCUAGGUACUCAUCCUUUCUUCAUUCUUGUCCCCCCAUCUUGGACCAUUGGCUCCUAUAAACAUGUAGUCCAAGUCCUGAAGCAUGGUACAUACAAGAGAAACAUGAUGUGGCAACCAAAAUAAUCAAGGGCAAGCAAGACUCCUUUUACUUUCCCUAUGUGGCACAACAGUGACAGUGACUAGAAUUAGCAAUGUAAUGCUCAAUUCAUUAAAAAAUUGAAGGUAUAAAAUACAGCAGGGACAAGACUAGUAAGGUUUCACUGCAUUCAUUUUUAAGGAGAUCAGCUUUACUGACAGUCACACUAACAUGGCAGGGCUCUUUUCAAAUUGCUUCAGUUAUGAGCACAUGUAUUUUGAGGCUUCUGCUCUGUGGUGUUCAGCCUCGUUGGGCUUUUUUCUACAAAGAUUCUUCAAAUUGUAUAAAGCUAACUAUGCAGAGAAGAAAAGAAACAGAGGCAUGUCAACAAUUGACAGAAACUACUGAGGCCUGAGAGAACUUUGGCACGGCUGUUGACAUGCACAGACACGGUGAAGUUUAAGCAUGCAGGUAAACUGUGUUUUGCCUACGCCCAGCUCAGACGCCGUACGGCUUCAGAGCGUUGCAGAAGCACUGGAUCUCUCAGUAACUCCAAAGAGUCUUCACGAUGUUUCUUGCUAAAGCUUUGCUGAGCGGAGGAAGUGGUAGUGGUCAUGGAGGGAGCCUUGCACGUGGCCUUGGAGGUCUCCUAACAGGAGGUGGACGUGGAGGGAAUCUUGGAGGACUUGUUGGAGGUCUUGUCAAUCUUAUAAGCGAAGCAGCAGCUCAGUAUAAUCCGGAGCCACCUCCACCUCCUCACAAUCGUUUUACAAAUGUGGAAGCUUAUGAGAGUGAGGAGAUCAGACAGUUUCGUCGCCUUUUUGUCCAACUGGCUGGAGAUGAUAUGGAAGUGUGUGCCACAGAGCUAAGGGACAUCCUGAACAAAGUCGUUUCCAGACAUCAAGACUUGAAGACAGAUGGCUUCAGCUUAGACACAUGCCGUAGCAUGGUAGCUGUCAUGGACAAUGAUACAAAUGGCAAACUGGGCUUUGAAGAGUUUAAGUAUCUGUGGAACAACAUCAAGAAAUGGCAGUGUGUUUACAAGCAGUAUGAUACUGAUCAGUCAGGCACUGUUGGCAGAGCUCAGCUGCCAGGUGCCUUGAAGGCUGCAGGGUUCCACCUGAACGAGCAGCUUUGCCAGGUUAUCAUGCGCAGGUAUGCUGACGAGCACGGCAGCAUGGAUUUCAACAACUUCAUUAGCUGCUUGGUACGACUGGACAGCAUGUUCCGGACCUUCAAGUCCCUGGACCAAGAUGGAGAAGGACGGAUCAAAGUGACCAUUGAAGACUGGCUAGAGCUGACCAUGUAUUCAUGAAGGUGUGCCAGAGAAGAAAAGCUUCAUCUGGAAGAUACACAUGGAAGACUACAACCCUUUACUAUAGAACUGUCGUCUUUUCCUUGUUCCAAGGUGGAUGUAGCUCGUGGUAGAUAGCUCAGUUUAAAGUGUUGUGAUUCCUCUUCUGCGUGCAUUAGUCUGCUUUUCUGAAGGGUUUGGGUUAGUUGUCAGUUGGACAGCUGCAUGUCUCAGAAAACUAUCUCUAGAUUCUGAAGUGUGGGAAUUUGUGUAAGGAUCAAAGUUCAGUUAUUUCUUCAUGUAAAGUGGCUUGUAUGUGAGUAUAACUAUUAUAUAAAAAGCUCAUAAGUUUGGUGUUUGUG